GCCGAGGACUUGGCAGAGGCCCACGAGCCACAGUAGGCUAGUGGUGGAGACUGCGCAGGCGCAUAGGCUGGGGGCGGGCCUGCGCAUGCUCGGUAGGGGGAAGACCGCAGCCAACGGUCAACGGACCCAGCAGCCAUCUUCCUUCGUACCGGGAGGAGUUCUCCCUCAUCUUGAGUGAACAGCCAUGAGCUGGGCCUUGGGAGUGCUGCGGGCCGGCCAGAGAGUGCGCACUAGUUUCUUGCGCCCAGCAAUGGCCGUGUGUCCUCCCCGGGCAGCUGGCCAUCCGUUCACAGCCGUCUGGCCGUUCACCCCCGUGUCCAAGAUGGCGACCGUGAAGCGUGAGCUGAUGCAGAAUUUCACCUCUGAAGAGCCGGUUUGUCACAAUAAGGUCUCCAUCAUUGGGGCUGGAUCGGUCGGCAUGGCCUGCGCAGUCAGCAUCUUAUUAAAAGGCUUGAGUGACGAACUUGCCCUUGUGGACGUCGAUGAAAGAAAACUGAAAGGCGAGACGAUGGAUCUUCAGCAUGGCAGCCUGUUCAUGAAAAUGCCAAAUAUUGUCUGCAGCAAAGAUUACCUCGUCACUGCCAACUCCAGCCUGGUGAUUAUCACAGCAGGUGCGCGCCAGGAGCAAGGAGAAACGCGCCUUAACUUGGUCCAGCGAAACGUGACCAUCUUCAAGUUUAUGAUUUCCAAUAUUGUCCAGUACAGCCCCAGCUGUAAACUGAUUGUCGUUUCCAACCCGGUGGACAUCUUAACAUACGUAGCCUGGAAGUUGAGUGCGUUCCCUAAAAACCGCGUGAUUGGAAGCGGCUGCAACCUGGAUACUGCUCGUUUCCGUUUCUUGAUCGGUCAGAAGCUUGGUAUCCACUCUGAAAGCUGUCACGGGUGGGUUCUUGGAGAGCACGGAGACUCGAGUGUUCCAGUGUGGAGUGGAGUGAACGUUGCUGGGGUCCCUCUAAAGGACCUGAACGCAGAGAUCGGAACGGAUCGAGAUCCUGAGCAGUGGAAGAAUGUGCACAGGGAGGUGAUCGCCAGUGCCUACGAGAUUAUUAAGAUGAAAGGUUACACUUCUUGGGCCAUUGGCCUCUCUGUAGCUGAUCUAACAGAAAGCAUUCUGAAGAACCUAAGGAGAAUGCAUCCAGUGUCCACCAUAAUCCAGGGACUGUAUGGAAUCGAUGAAGAGGUAUUCCUCAGUGUGCCUUGCGUCCUGGGAGAAAACGGUAUUUCAGAUCUUGUGAAGAUAAAGCUGACCCCCGGAGAGGAGGCCCAUUUGAAAAAGAGUGCGGAAACGCUCUGGGCGAUUCAGAAGGAGCUGAAGCUUUAAGGUUGUUACAGCCACGUUCUGAAGAGAGAAUAGGAGAGGUGGUAGACAAGGGAUUUUGUAGUCAGACUUCUCAAUGAACUUGAAUUCCUGAAAGUAGAUGGGUGGUUCCCAUGUUUAUUUAGCCCCCCAGAUCUUUGCUUUAGCAUUCGGAUCCUGUUUGAUGUUUAUCUUUUAGUAAUUUCUGAGUGACUGCAUCAGAGGUGCCUUGGGUACUGUGGAUGUACCAGGACUUGCUUUAUAAAUAGAUGGAGGUUUUCCUAAAUGUUUGUGGAAAUGAAAUUUAGAGAAACUUUUCCUUUUGAAGCAAAAGUAUUGAAAUUUGUGCAAAGGGAGGGGGUGUCUUUAAAAAGUUCGUGGAAAAGUCGUAUUAUGAGGUAAUUAUACAUGUUUUUCAGUUUUGAACAAAGAUUGACAAUUGAAAGUGAGAACAUCAGAGGGGAGAUAGCAGGAGAGAUCCUCCAUCUGCUGGUAGGCUCAGCAUAUGAUGGGGUCUGGGCUACGCGGAAGCCAGGAGCCUGGAAUGCCCUCUGGGUCUCCCAAGGGGAAGUAGGAAACCAAGUACUAGGGAUGUCUUCCCCUGUUUUCUCAGGCACUUUAGCGGGGAGCUGGAUCUGAAGCAGAGCAGCCAGCACUCAAACUGGUGCUCUGAUAUAGGAUGUUGGUGUCUCAUAUAUAGGAUAUAGGAUGGGGGCUUAACCUGCUGCACAACACCAGCCCCUUCAAUUUUUUCAUUUUCUUUUUCCUUUUUGACACCAUUUUUUAAUUCCAUUUUCUGUGAACUUUAUGAAGUAGCCUCAUGUAGUUGCUGUUUGAUUAAAAAGAUGAUACCGCUA